CUGAACUCUGUGAGUGAUACUGUGACGCUGGCAGGUGAAUACAGUCCCAGAUUUGAGCUUCGGUCUUGUUGAACAUUUUUCUCUUAUGAAAGGGCAACCCGACAGGAAUACUUUGGAGUCAGUAGGACAGGUUUUAACGCUACUUCUUUACUUUCCGACUGAGGGCCUCUGCUGCCUCUCCAGAAUGUUCUCUUUUUGGAAAGUGUCUUGCAGGUAGUGCUCAGUCAAAGUGGACUGUGACGUGGAGAUGGUCACUGUGAAUACCUUGCUGGCAAUCUGCAUAUGGAUACAAGCACAAAUUGCUUCAGGACAGCAAAAAUGUCCUUCUAUUCACCGUGGGCUGGUGAAUUUCAGUGUAGAAUACUCUCUGCCCUACUUCCAAACAAACACUAUCAUACAGAACAUUGUGGUAAACAAGAAAUCAGAUGAACCAGAAGUGUAUCUUGGAUGUCAGAAUGCUAUAGUUGCAGUUAAUGAUGCCAUGGGAAAAAAAUGGGAGCUGAAGACGGGACCCAUAGGCAGCUCUGACUGUGAAACCUGUCCAGUGUGUGACAUAGAAACUGAUCCGGAGGACCCAGUGGACACAGACAACACGGUUCUUGUUUUGGAUCCCGUUGCAGAUUUGUAUUCAUACAUAUACAUUUGUGGAAGCACGCAGUACGGUAUCUGUUACCGCAUCGAUUUUCAUCAACCAAAACUUAAACCUACCUGCUUUUACAAAAAGGAGCAGAACUCUCUUACAAACUGUCCUGACUGUAUAGCCAGUCCUCUUGGCACUAAAAUCACCUUUGUCGAGAACAGAAACACUGCUUUAUUAUUUGUAGCAGCUUCUGUCAAUGACAAAGUGGUGCAGAAAUAUCCUCGGAGGUCGAUUUCAGUGCUAAGGCCGCUUUCAACUGAAGAUGGCUUCUAUAAAGUCAUGGAUGGGCUGACAGUGCUGCCCAGUUUACUUAACUCUUACAAGAUUGACUAUAUCUACAGUUUUUCCACCGAAGAGUUUGUCUACUUUCUGUCCCUGCAGAGGGAAGAUCCCUCCAGGCCCAACUCAGCCUUUCAGACCCAUUUGGGACGAUUGCCUAUUUCAACUCCAGAGGUAUGGAUGUACAGAGAGGUGGUGCUGGAGUGCCGGUAUGAACCAAAGCGCAGGAAAAGAAGUGGCUACAGAGACAUUGUGUAUAACGGGCUGCAGGCCGCCCAUUUUGGGCAUGCAGGGAAGGACUUGGCUGAAGAGCUGGGGGUCACUGAAAAGGAUAACAUGUUGUACGGGGUGUUCACUGUGGUCAACGAGCAAGGGGAACGUCAGGCGACCUCGGCCCUGUGCGCCUUUCCUUUGAAAAAUAUCAACAAUGCGAUUGAUAUGGGUGUGGAGGCAUGUUGUACCUUAGGACCGGAGCAACUAUCCAGAGGGCUCUGCCACUUCCAGCUGUGUGAGAGCUGCCUGCAUGAAAAGUCAGAAGGAAACUACACAUGCGAACAUAAAGCUACACUGGUUUCAAAACCACACUACAGACUGGAUAUCUUCAACAGCAGGAUGAGAGACGUCCUGUUUACAUCUGUUCUGGUCAGCAUUAAAGAAAAUCAUACCAUCGGUCAUUUUGGCACCUCAGAUGGUAGGAUACUACAGGUGAUUCUCACUCUGCACAACCCAAUAGUUUUUGCCAACUAUUCGUUGGGUGAGGUCGCAAUAUCCAGUACAGCAGCUGUGUACUCAGAGGAUUCACUUAUCUUCACUGCAGGAAAUAAGAUGUUCAAGGUGCCCACUACAGGACCAGGGUGUGAUCAUUUUCUGACAUGCCCCGCGUGUUUGACGGCUCCACGCUUCAUGAACUGCGGCUGGUGUUCUGGAAAGUGCUCCAGGGAGUCUGAAUGCACCUCCGCCUGGAACAAAGACUCGUGUGCACCUAUUUUAACUCAAUUUUUUCCUAAAACGGUACCUGCUGGAGGGGAGACAGAGGUGACACUGUGUGGCUCAGAGUUUCUGUCUCGGCGACCAGCCAUCAUCAGCGGGGGAACACAUGUCAUUAGAGUGGAUUCUGGAGCCUCGUGUGCUGUCCUGCCCAAAAAAAGCAACAUUACAGUGCUAGUGUGCCAAAUUAAUGAAAAAAUACCACACCAAAACCUGAAUAUCACCCUGGAAAUAAAUGAGGAAAAAGUGGAGGGUGACUACUCCAUUAACGGCACAGUCCAGAUGUCCGGCUUCUCUGUUGUGGAGCCAAACAUCACAGACAUCAAGCCUAGCCAUGGUCCCAUGUUUGGAGGAACAACAGUUACUGUCUUAGGCAAACAUCUUUACUCUGGGAGCCAAAGACAGGUUCUAUUUGCAGAUAGAAAAUGCACAUUGGUUCCAAGUGAUCCUAAGGAAACAGGGGAUUUGUCUGAAAUCAUCUGUAACACACCACCUGCGGAAAGCAUUGGGGAAGUGCCGGUGAAAGUUGUAAUUGACAACCUUGAAGUGACGACUGCUAAAACGUUUUUCUAUAAGAAAAAUCCUGUCAUCACCUCCAUCUAUCCCCAUUGCAGCUUUCGAAGCGGCUCCAAGCUGGUUAUAAGAGGUCAGAAUCUGGAUUCAGGCCACAAGGUCGUGGUUCGGUAUACGCAUGAAAAUUCUCAGUUUUCUCUUCAGCAAGACUGCAACAGCUCAAGAAAUGCCACAUACUUGGAGUGCCAAACCCCAGCCUUUUCAGCACAGAUAGCAGAGGAUGAAUUUAAUGUUGGAACCAUUUCAAUUCUCAUAGAUGGACAAAAUAUUUUCAGUAAGACAAAGUUCACCUACCACGCAGAUGCCAAUGUCAUCCAGCUGGAAAAAGAGGACAACAUUUUCCUUCUGAAACCAGGAGGAAAAGAAGUUUCGCUGCAUCAUGACAAACUACAAUCAGUGGACAAAUGCAUGAAAAUAACAAUGAGCAUUGGCAAUGAGCCCUGCAAACACGUAGUUUUGCUAAAUGAGUUAACCUGCAGGAUUCCUAAUGGCAUGGUUUUCCCCAGCAAUGGCUUACCACUUAAGGUGUCUGUAAAUGGGAAAGACCUCUAUGUUGGUACAGUUGUCUAUGACAAAACCAACAACAGCACUGUGAUUGCAGGUAUUGUGCUGGGCAUUAUUACAGCACUCGUUGUAGGUGCUGCCCUUGCAUUGUUUGUGAUGAGAUACCUGAGGAAGAAAGAGAGAGCCAUCAUAGACCGCAGUUUAUCAAUGGUGCCCCGAAAUCUGAUGAACAAUCAGACUGACCCGUUUCCAACAUCUGACUACAGAUAUAGUCACCCGUUGAGCCAGACAUCGGGCUCAGGAGGAAUGGCCUUCCAGGGUUUAAUGUAUGCCUCCAGCUAUGAUCAUCUGGCCAUCCCUUUAAUGUCCAGGGACAACCUCUCGGUGGUCAGCUCAAAUCCUGAGCUGCUUGAGGAAGUUAAAGAUGUGCUGAUUCCUGCUGAGAGGCUCAGAAUCGAGGAGGGGCAAAUUAUUGGAAAAGGUCACUUUGGGACCGUUUAUCACGGAUACCUAUUGGAUAGCAAUAAACAAGAAAUUCAUUGUGCUGUGAAGUCAUUAAACAGAAUCACAGAUUUGGGUGAAGUGGACCAGUUCCUCAGAGAAGGCCUCAUCAUGAAGACCUUUCACCACACCAACAUAUUGUCUCUGCUGGGCAUCAUGCUGCCCAAGGAAGGACUUCCUCUGGUUGUUCUGCCAUACAUGAAACAUGGAGAUUUGCGUCACUUCAUCCGAUCUGAGCAAAGGAACCCCACAGUGAAGGAUCUGAUUGGAUUCGGGCUUCAGGUUGCCAUGGGUAUGGAGUAUUUAACACAAAAAAAGUUUGUUCACAGAGACCUGGCGGCAAGGAAUUGCAUGCUGGAUGAAACCUUCACAGUAAAAGUUGCAGACUUUGGCAUGGCGAGGGAUGUGUACGACAAGGAGUACUACAGCAUUCAGAAUCACAAAAGAGCAAAGUUGCCAGUGAAGUGGAUGGCAAUCGAAAGCUUGCAGACACAGAAGUUCACAACAAAGUCAGAUGUGUGGUCGUACGGUAUCUUAAUGUGGGAGCUGAUAACCAGAGGAGCCAGCCCAUAUCCAGAUGUGGACCCAUAUGACAUCACACACUAUUUGAUGAAGGGACGAAGACUUCCACAACCACAGUACUGCCCAGAUCCUCUUUACUCCAUUAUGUUGGCAUGCUGGGACCCAGAACCCGAGUACAGACCCAGCUUCCACAGCUUGGUUGCAGAAGUGGACGAGAUCCUGUCCAGUCUGGAAGGAGAACACUACAUCAACCUGAAGGUUACUUACAUCAACUUGGACCAGCCAAGGCCGUAUCCGCCUCUAAGUGGUUCUGCAGAUGAGGCUGAGGCCUCGGACUUGGACUCAGAUGACCACUCAGCCAGUUAGGGAUGCAGGUUGCCGCGAUGCAACCUUAACUGGUUGCAUCUCUUCCUUCCCCUGAAAGGAAGAAAGACUCCAGAUUGCAGUGAGGAUUUCGUCAUACGGAAAUUAGUUAUUUUACUAAGUUGUGGAUGAUUUUCAAACCCAGUCACUACUGAUAUUUGAAAUAACAAGUUCUUACUGGAGAUAAGUAAUUACGGGAGUUUCUCGUCAUUUCUAUUUUGCAGAAUGGAUAAAAAAAUCCAACAAUUGUAAAGAUUUUUUUGCAGCGCUGGUACAAAUGAGACAAAAUGAAUGUAAGUAUUUUAACCUCAGAGGAAUAUUUUUCAGCGACCUCUGAUUAAUACCCAUAGGUCAGCAGAAUCGGGGUUCUUCUUUUACUUCAACUGUUCUUAUCUUAUCUGGAUAUAUCAUGAAGUAUGUUUUGUGACUUCAAAACAUAAAUUUAAUUCAUAUAUGCAGAACUACUAUAAUAAACCUGCAGGACCAUGCAGAGCUUUCUUUGCUUUUCAGAA